UGGCUGUGUAUUUGCCGUGCCGCUCAGGUUGAUUGUCCGAUAUUCAGUCCCUGUCCAGUCCAGUCAAGUCCAGAUCCUCGUUUCUUCGACCUAGUCACUUGGAGACUCCGUGAUCGGUCAGUUGCCGAUUGCUACAUUUUCCUCCGGGCCAAUGUAGGGUGGUGUGGGAUUCAGUCCAAAGUCAUCCAAUGGGAUCGCCGACAUCACGGCAAUCGAUUAUCAUAAAAAGGCAAUAGACGCCUCACUUGGCCUGAACUGACCUGAAUCGACCUGACCUGACCUGAAUUGUAUUGAAUUGGAUUGAUUGUGGUUUCAAAACAUCACCAUUGCUGCCUAACCAGCCAUACCGACACGACCACCACCACGACUACUACCAACCACUACCGCCAUCACAGCCACGCACACCAAACCACCACCAAAUCAUGCCAUCACCAAACACCAACCCCUCGUACGUCAUCAUCGGCGCCGGCAUCUUUGGAGCUUCAACCGCCUACCACCUCUCCCAAACAGGACGCUUCUCAUCCAUCACUUUGAUCGAUCGAGGGCCCUUUCCCUGCCAUCUUGGCGCAUCCUACGACUAUCAAAAAGUCAUUCGAGCCGACUAUGGCGAUGCUUGGUACCUGAGCCUUGGCGUCGAGGCUCAGCGAGAAUGGCGUUCCCAUCCCCUCUUCAGCCCAUUCUACCAUGAAAGCGGGGUCGUCUACAUCGAAGGUGGUGACCUAGGUUGGAAGAAGAAACAGAAUUGGGAUGAUUCUGGCAUUCCCAAUAAAGUGGCUGUGUUGAAGUCCAAGGAUUUGAUUGCUCGAUAUCCUCAUUUCCAUGACGCGGAUUUCUCGACAGAUCCAGACUGCUAUGUCAAUCCGGAGAGUGGUUGGGCGGCUGCUACGCCUUGUUUGCGUGCUGUUAUUCAAGCGGCUAUUGAUAAUGGUGCUACUUAUCUCCAGGGCAGUGUUUCUAAGCUGCUGUUUGGUGAUGAUGGUGAUUGCAUUGGUGUCGAGCUCGAUGGAGGUCAAAUCAUUCACUCAUCGAAAGUCGUCCUUGCUGCUGGCGGCACCAUACCUAAAAUCCUGGCUGAUAGUGGUCCAGAAAGGUCUGACAUCCAGGUCAAAGGCAGUCUGUUGGGGGCGGCUGUUGCAACUGGUGCUUUGACUCUCAACCCUGAACAGGUGGAAAAGCUGAAAAGCAUGCCUGUCUUCAUUCACCGAGCUGGGGUCACACACGGUGAAAUAUAUCCCCCUACAGAAGACAACGUGCUCAAGUUCUGCCGCGACAUCAGUUUCGUCAAUACUUAUCAACAUGCCAGUUCUCAUCAGUCCAUUUCGACGCCGCCUGUGGACGACAAUGGUCAGGAGGAUCAGUCAUAUGCACCUCAGGCUCUCAAGGAUGAGAUUGCUCUGGUUAUGAAGGGUAUACUCGGUCGUGAUGCUGAAGGGUUGGAAAUACAAAGUUACAGGAUGUGCUGGGAUUCAUUCACGCCAGCGCAGGAUUUUAUAAUCUCGCCUGUUCCUACAGCACCAGCAUUGUUUCUCGCAACUGGAGGCUCAUUCCACGGUUGGAAAUUCCUACCAACGAUUGGCAAGUAUGUGGUUCAGUGUCUUGAGGGCACUCUCAGCCCUGAGCAUGCUGAAAGAUGGAGCUGGGCCAAGGCUCAAAGCGAUGCAGAAAAGGUGGAGAAAGGAAAGGGGGCACAAUCAAUGCUGCAGCCGGGGAGAGAGUGGAGGGAUUUGGUGAAAAGGUCAGAUGGUGGUGAAACAUGA